AGAACAAGAUACAAUAUUUUUGCGCCAAACCCUCGAUAUGCACUUAGACAAAAAUGGAUUGCAUACGUAAUCUUUCCUCUGGUCUAAUUUUAUAACGUGGACUUCGAAAGUGUGGGCUAUCAAUUUAGAAAUAGAAACAAAAACAGUUUGCUAGAUUUUCAGUUGAUUCUACGAUUCUAAUAUAUUUAAAAUUAUCUCGCAUACAAUACUUUUUGUUAAAUCAAAUCUUGAGAAAAUCAAAAUAGCAAUGUUGCCAACGUGUCAAUUAAAAUACGGUUGCUAUUUAACUAUAGCAUCUCUGUUACUUUUUGCCAUCUUGAUAAAUGACGUAACAUCAUGACUUCAGACGUAAAGAUCGAGCUACAUUUAUUUGAUAUCCGUUUUUUUCUACCUAUUUCGUCGGACACUUGACAAAGGCAUUGUGCACAUGCAUAUUUUGUUCGUUAGGUAUUAUAGUUACAUACGAGCCGCGACUCAUAUAUUUUUACAAGAGCACAUAGCGUGUCUUUAUUACCAUUAUGUGUUUAGCAAGUGUAUCUUUCAUUUAAGUAAACAUGGUGGGGAUUUAGGAUGUAAGUUUGUGCAAAUGAGGUCAUCAGUUAAACUAACUUCUGAUAUUUCUUUUUUGGUUUUCAAUUUCCAUAGAAAGCAGGAAAACUGAGGGUAUGUCUUUUCAAGUAGAAACAGAUGCGAUACCCAUUCCAGCAGAAUCAGAUGAUACUGCUAAUGCAAUUUCUACAAAGACCAAUAGCGAAAGCUUGAACAUCGCUGAUACUCCCCCUCAAGAUCAAGUUACCAACGACCAGAACAAUGAUGAUUUUUCUAAUCAAACAAUACAGGAACCACUCACUGAUUUGGUAUUGCCUCUAAGGCCACCUAAAGAUUUUGAAAUGAAUAAUUUCUUGUUAUGUCUUGCUGAGGAAAUAGAACAUGAUGAUCUAGAAAAAAUGAAGUUCCUGCUAUUGGGAGAGGAAGGAAUUUCCACAAGAACGACAGAGCAAAUAAAAUCGCCUCUAGAUCUGUUCAAACUACUAAAGAAGAGGUCAAUCAUAAGUAGACAUGAUAUACUUUAUCUACAACUGAUGUUAAAAUUUACCGGAAAGGAAAAAUCGAUACGUAAGGCUUGCGAUUUUGCCAACAAUACGAAAGAAACAAUACAUUUCUUUCCACCUCCAGAAAAACCAGCCGAUGGUUACAAGUAUGCUCAACUUCACGUUAAAGUUCCGGAUGCUCAAAAGUAUACAAGACAAAGUCUAGAAAAUCUGAGACGAAGGAUAUCUAUGAUGACAUUCGCACUCGAAUCCGACAUUCAUAUCGUUCGUUGGUCUUGAGUCACAAAGUAUACUUGUCACGUUUAUGAUGCCUUCCGUGUAUGCAGAGAUUCUUGAAGACAUGAUAGAAAGAAAGAUAUACUCUGAUGUGUUUCAAGAGAUGAUGGUGGAUUACGUGGUUGUUUGCAACAGAAGAUUUAUCUUCGAUGUAA